AUGGCCCAGUCGCUGGUGCCUAGGUCGCAGAAGACACUGCUCCUGGAGCUCAAGGCGUUGCAGGAGGAGCCUGUGGAGGGCUUCCGGGUGACCCUGUUGAACGAGGACGACCUGUACCACUGGGUGGUGGCCAUCUUCGGGCCCCCCAACACCUACUAUGAGGGUGGCUACUUCAAGGCCCACCUCUCGUUUCCUAUUGAUUACCCCUACUCCCCUCCAGUUUUCCGGUUCCUCACCGAAAUGUGGCACCCGAACAUCUAUGAGAGUGGGCACGUUUGUAUCUCAAUCCUCGACCCUCCAGAUGUUCCCAAAAGUGAAGUGCCUCCCUCUGAGCGAUGGAACCCCACCCAGAAUGUCAGGACCAUCCUCCUGAGUGUGAUCUCCCUCCUAAAUGAGCCCAAUACCCUCUCACCAGCUAACGUGGAUGCUUCCGUGAUGUACAGCAAAUGGAAAGACAGCAAAGGGAAGGACAGUGAAUAUACAGACAUCAUUCGGAAGCAGGUCCUGGGGACCAAGGUCGAUGCGGAACGGGAUGGGGUCAAGGUGCCCACAACCCUGGCUGAGUAUUGUGUGAAGACCAAGGCGCCUGCGCCGGACGAGGGCUCGGACCUCUUCUACGAUGACUUCUACGAGGAUGAUGAUAUGGAGGAGGAGGUCGACAGCAGCUACAGUGAUGAUGCCGGUGCGGAGGAGUCCUGA